ACAUGCGAAGGGAAGCAACGCAGGAGUUCGAAGCCAGCCUUGCUCCCUCAUCUGGGAAUUGCGACUUUGCAGACACACAACGAAUUCCACAUAAAAGUCAACACAGUUUUCAGACCUCAAUAUUCCAUUGGACGGUGCGAGAACAUCUUUUUUCAAAAAGGGGACGUGAACUGGUUCUCUCGGCGGGAUUCUGCACCGAGCCUCGAGGGCUGAGACAGGAGAACUGCAUCCCAUUCAAGCGUCAUUUUUAUAUUGCUGCAAUUUUUAUCGUGUUGGCAAGAGAAGUAAUAAACCGGUAUGUGAAACGCGAAUGGAAACGAGCAGUGGGUCGUUCGGCCGGUAGACCCGUGCCACUUGCGGCCGGCGAGGACAGCGUGGGGUCUGGCCGCUCCGACCCACUGUGGGGACGAUUAGUGGGCGAGGGCAAGUAUGGCAGCAAACGCGGAAGCCAUCUCAGUAGAUCAAUAAGAAAAAAUUGUCACGAUGCCAGAAGAAGAAAUCCAAUGAUCAGAUUAGAUUGUCAUUCAUCCAACUGGACAUUUAAUAAUAACAGUAUCUCAGCUGCCCCUAUGGAAUUGAGUAGUAAUGGAUUUCUAGCAUUCCAUUACGAAAAUAAUAAUAAUAAUAAUAAUAAUAAUAAUAAUAAUAAUAAUAAUAAUACGUCUUUAUUGCACAAUUUCCUCUGCAAAUCCACCAACAUUUACAAAUGUAUUCUAAAAAAGAACACACAUUACAAUACA